CGUAGCUCUUGCUCCCCGGACUGUUGAAGAGGACAUGGCUUCUCUUGUGCUCCGAUCCGCCGGCCGCUUGCUCCGGCGACCCCUCUCCGAUUAUGCUGGGAAGAUCCGACCCAACAAGCAUUCUUGCUCAAAAUUCAGUACGGGACACGGAAAACAUAUCAAGGAAGAACCCAUCAGGACCGGCCCGAGCAUUAUGAUGAAAUUGGAUGAGCGGGACCGUAUCCUGUCUGAAGCUCACAAAGACAUUAAAGCAAUGCUAAAACAAGCAAGGGAUAAUGAAGCAUGGCACAAGCUACUGAAAAAAUUGUUAUUACCUUCAUCCAUUCUUGCCGCCCUUGCCUUUUGGAAGACAGGACAGCAAAUGCCUGUGGAAAAUAUACCUCCAAAUUAAUGCAUGUAUUCAUGUGUCCUUGGUGUUAUGACUUUUAUUUUUUGCUUGUACUGAAACAUGUCAUGGACCUGAGUUGUAAAUGUGCUGUGUUCGAAACUAGGCUGUGGGCUUGUUGAAAUACUAACUGUAAUGUAAUCAAGUCUUUGUUCUUGGC